CCAAAUGAGCCUCAGUUUGUGAAGGAAAAAAGAGCAGCUGAACCGGAAAAACUAAACUAGCUAUGAUGGGCUCAAAGUGGCAACUAUAGCCCAUCAAUUUCGUUUGUCAUCUCGGCCAUCGAAUUUGGACUUGUUCUUUUCCGAGAGGAUGAAGUGGACUAUCUAUAGGCCCAAUGGAUGCUGACUGGGACAGAAUGCGCCCAGCCCACCAGACAAGCAAUGGCCUCCACUGGCCCAGCUCAUUGCAUGACACAUCCCGUCGUUCAUACCAGACCCCCGGAAUCCAAUCCAACGGCUUCAAACCCCCGCACGGCGCCAACAGACAACUCCGAGCUAUCAGCUCCCGCGCCCACCCGAUUUCCAAUCCCAGCGGCGACCGGCCUCACCUACAAAUACCCCACGCGUUCCCCAAAUUCUCCCCCACGAACGCGACGCGUCCGAGAAAAGCCACCAUCCUCCCCCGAAAGAAGCCGAAACGCGUGCGUGAGCCAUCCCCUCCACUCUCACUCCUCCCACCCCACCUGGCACGCGGAAGCUCGGCGCCGCGCGGUGUGGCGGCGGGUUAGGGUUUGGCGGCCUUGUUUAUAGAAGCCUCGGGCCACCGAUCGCCGUUGGCGGCGAUGCUCUCCAUUUGCGGUGGCGCCGUGGCCGCCGCGGAGGAACUGCGCGGGCCCUACCCGCUCCCUCCUAUACAUCCGCGGCCGCAGCAGCUCGGCGCGGCGAUCGAUGCUCUGCUGCUGAACCCCCUCCAAGUUGACGAAGGCACGCGCCUCGAGAUCGCGCAACAGAGUUACAACGCAGGGGAUUACAGAGCAGCGCUUGAGCAGAGCAAUGCGGUGUACAGGGAGAACCCGAGGCGCUUGGAGAACCUUCUGCUUCUCGGCGCCGUGUAUUAUCAGCUGCGGGAGUUUGACAUGUGCAUCGCGAAGAACGAGGAGGCUGUGGCAAUCCAGCCCAAUUUCCCUGAGUGCUUCAACAACAUGGCUAAUGCAUGGAGGGAGAAAGGCGACAUGGAUCGUGCCAUCCAGUACUAUAAGCAUGCAAUUCAGCUGCGACCCAGCUUUGCUGACGCAUUCUCAAACUUGGCAAAUGCUUAUACUCGAAAAGGAAAUCUCGUCGAAGCAACCAAAUAUUGCCAUCAGGCGCUUGCACUAAAUCCUCGUUUGGUUGAUGCCUAUUGCAAUCUUGGUGAUGUGUUGAAGGCACAAGGAUCAUGCAGAGAUGCAUACAAUUGCUUUAGAGAGGCUGUAAGCAUAGCACCUAGUUGUGCAACUGCGUGGCAUAAUAUUGCUGGACUUUUCACGCAAUGGGGAGAUUUCAAUAAGGCAGUUCUCUACUAUAAGGAAGCAAUCAAAUUCAAGCCGGCAUUUCAUGAUGCCCAUAUGAACUUGGGAAAUCUUUACAAGGCUGUUGGAAUGUGUCAGGAUGCAAUUGUAUGCUACCAAAAUGCAGCACAGGCAUGCCCACAAAAUGCAAUGGCUUAUGGUAAUCUUGGUGAUGCCUACUAUGAACAAGGUCAACUGGACUUAGCAAUUUUAAGUUAUAGACAUGCCACUACCUGCAAUCCGUCAUAUGUUGAAGCUUAUAACAAUCUGGGAAAUGCUUUAAAAGGAUCUGGAAGAUGCGAUGAGGCAAUCGGUUGCUACCAGACAUGCCUUGUUCUUCAACCUAAUCACCCACAAGCUCUGACAAACCUUGGGAACGUUUAUAUGGAGAGGAGCAUGCUGGACAUAGCGGCUUCACAUUUCAUGGCAGCGCUUACAGUUACCACUGGAUUGUCUGCACCUUACAACAACUUAGCGAUGAUUUACAAACAACAGGGAAACUAUGCUAAUGCCAUAGCAUGUUAUAAUGAAGUACUCCGUGUUGAUCCUUUGACUGCCGACGGUCUUGUGAAUAGAGGGAAUACAUUGAAAGAAGCAGGCAGAGUCAGUGAAGCAAUUCAAGACUAUUUGCGGGCUGCUGCAAUUAGACCAACCAUGGCUGAAGCUCAUGCAAAUUUGGCAUAUGCGUAUAAAGACACGGGCCUAAUGGAUUUGGCAAUUAUCAGUUACAAGCAGGCCUUGCUGUUACGCCCAGAUUUUCCAGAAGUUACCUGUAAUCUCUUGCACACUCUACAGUGCGUAUGUGAUUGGGAUGAGAGAGAAGAGAAUUUCAUCAAGGUAGAGGGGAUUAUCAGGCAGCAAAUAAAGAUGUCUCUUCUCCCAAGUGUACAACCAUUCCAUGCUAUGGCAUUCCCGAUUGAUCCAACUCUUGCACUGGAGAUCAGUAAAAAAUAUGCAGAUCAUUACUCUUUGGUUGCAUCACGUUUUGGGCUUCCUGCAUUCUCACACCCCUCUUGUGCUCCUAUCAAGGCUGAUGACAAAACUUCUCGCCUUAGGAUUGGAUAUGUGAGUAGUGACUUCGGCAAUCAUCCUCUAUCUCAUCUGAUGGGAUCUGUAUUUGGAAUGCACAAUAACGACAUUGUAGAGGUUUUCUGUUAUGCUCUGAGCCAAGAUGAUGGCACUGAAUGGAGGCAACGUAUUAAGGGUGAAGCAGAGCACUUCAUUGAUGUGUCAGCGAUGUCAUCUGAUAUGAUUGCUAAAGUUAUCAAUGAAGAUAAGAUACAAAUUCUUAUAAAUCUUAAUGGAUAUACAAAGGGUGCACGCAAUGAAAUUUUCGCCAUGCAACCAGCACCAAUCCAGGUUUCUUACAUGGGAUUUCCUGCAACUACUGGUGCAAGCUAUAUUGAUUAUUUGAUUACUGAUGAGUUUGUCUCUCCGUUAAAAUAUUCUCAUAUAUACUCAGAAAAGCUUGUCCACCUUCCUCACUGUUACUUUGUAAAUGAUUAUAAACAGAAAAAUCAAGACGUAAUUGAUCCUGUUUGCCCGCACAAACGCGCUGACUAUGGCCUGCCAGAGGACAAAUUUAUUUUUGCAUGCUUCAACCAGCUCUACAAGAUGGAUCCAGAUAUAUUCAACACCUGGUGCAAUAUUCUGAAGCGUGUGCCAAACAGUGUCCUUUGGCUCUUGAGGUUUCCAGCUGCUGGAGAGAUGAGAUUGCGUGCAUGUAAUAGUCCACCCCUGAUAAGAGCGGACCAAAUUAUAUUUACAGAUGUCGCCGCAAAAAAUGAGCAUAUAAGGCGAAGUACCUUGGCGGAUCUCUUUCUUGACACCCCGCUGUGUAAUGGCCACACUACUGGUACAGAUGUAUUAUGGGCUGGCCUCCCAAUGAUUACUCUUCCUCUGGAGAAAAUGGCAACAAGGGUUGCAGGUUCCCUCUGUCUAGCUACGGGGGUCGGGGAAGAAAUAAUAGUCGAUAGCCUGACAGAAUACGAGGAGAGGGCCGUAUUUCUAGCCACGAAUCCAUCAAAACUUCAAGCUCUUACAAACAGGCUCAAGGCUGUUCGGAUGACCUGUCCUUUGUUUGAUACAUCUCGAUGGGUAAAGAAUCUGGACAGGGCAUAUUUGAAAAUGUGGCAUCUAUAUUGCUCUGGUAGCCACCCUCAACAUUUUAAAGUGGUAGAAGACGAUAACCAGUUUGCCUUUGACCAAUAAACACAGUUUACGAUCAUGUGCUGUAAAUAUCAUAAGAGGUAAGUAUAUAGAGUUGGUCAUAUGGGAGGCGAUUUCAUCUGAGGCCUCAGCCACAGCUAAGGCCUAAGAGGACCUGGACCCUGCUUAUAGAGGUAAAAGGUAAUAAAAACCUUUCUUCAGUCUUAACGCUUGAACUGACAGGCAUACCCGUACCAAAAUCUUGGGGAACAAAACUAACCUGAUGUGUUUUAUGCAAAACGAGUGUGUGGGCUUGGGCUCCUAGGGAAAUCCGACUAAUAUUCUAUUAUGGUGGUCCUAUUGAGAGCUCUCUAGUACUGUAGUGAACAUUAGCCUUCUUUUUUCUUGAAAGGAACGAGCAGGAGAGCUGCCUAUUACACUGGUGAAGAAGUUAGACCCAUACUGUGCAGUACAUAUGCAACAACAACAAAAGGGGCAAUAACAACAUUAGGCUGCUCUUAACGCGGAGUGGAGCAUUGGACAUAUUCAUGGACUUACCAACUCACUAAAGAGAGCAAUGUGCAUGUCCCUCAGAAACCUGUACUUCUGAUGUGUUGUUGCAAGGUGGAAGUUAGGGCUGGUGUGAAUGGCUGGCUGUUUGGCAUCAUUUUGGUGCUGGUGCUUCUGAUGUGUUGAUUUCACAGUUUUGCUAGCACUAACUUUUGAACGAGACGUGCAGAUUGCCUUCGUGCCCGAGCUGGAGGAGCACGCGGUGCUUCCUUCUCAAUCAGGCAGCUGAUGGCACUUGUCGGGAACUGAUGGUGCUGGGCCUGCGUGACGUCUGCUCCAUCUGCAACGAUCUGUAGGCUUUCACUGUUGUUGCAGGUUAUCGCUCUCUUCGACGAAGCGGCGAACCUGGUCUCGCCAGUUUCAUUGCCUUUCCGGCGCGCAUCACUUGCAAAAACAAGGUCGAGUAGGUUUGUAGCUGAGCAGAGGCACGUUGGACAAAGCAAAACUACUGAAGUCCAGCGUUGCUUGCUCGCCUUGCGUAAGGUGGGUAUCAUAGUUGACUAACAGAACCUGCAAAAGCUCGUCAAAAACUGGGUAGCAAACUUUUACGGUGAGUUGAUAAGUGAGGCAGCUUAUAUGAGGUGGUUCCGAAACGGAUGACAGGCCAUAACAGAAGUCGAAAUUUGUGGCGCCCAUUUUGAUGAGACUGAGAACAUGUCCAUAGUUUGAUCGGAAUGCGCUCAUAUGGACCCUUCACAGUGACUAACAGAGCCUAGCUUUAAGAAAAACGAAGACAACUGCAUAAGUUACAUAAUUUAGUUUACUUGAUUGAUUGAUAAACUAUAGACAAUUUUGCAAAGUAACAAAUCGUUAAAGGAAGAUCCAUGCCAUUUCGUCAGCUUUGCGAUGCUUCAUAGCUGACUAGGAGCACAAGACAGUAUGACGUGUAGAAACAAGGUGCCCACCUGCACCACCGCUUGGAACCAUGCUGCGGCUGGUGGAAUAGCCGAGCAUGCAGCGCCUUUGGCGCUCGCUGCAAGGAGGCUUCACGUGGAUUCUGCAGCUGUCCGGCGUAGCUUGCCGAGUGCCGACGAGGUGACGAGCAGGCGAAGCGUUUCCGGUAAGCCGCAAGCGGAACAAAAACAUGUUGACAAAACGUAUGGCCGCCUUUUUUCCCCCCACACUGAUGAUGGGUUUUGUUUAUUGCUUACAAAGAGAGUAUUUACAUGCGUGUACGGUUUAACUGAGCAGCCUUUCGGGUAAACAACAAUGUUGCAAAUAGUCCGCUAUAACUUUUUAAGAUAGGUACCGCCACGAUAUUGCAAAUAUUACCGUUAAUGCCUGUAUAUCAUGAAAUAGCCUCGCUAAAUUCAAUAGCCGCCGCUAUGGUUGUAAAUUAUGAAUAUAUGACUUAUCUUGUGAAUUGC